CCCACCCCCACCCUCACCCCACCAGUGGCAGCCAUAGCAAUUCCACCCAAACAUCAGGCCUGUUUCCAUCACCCACCUCUCAUUGGUUAAUCAUCAUGGCGCAUUUUAGCACACGCCCCCCAUCAUCUUCCCCUCUGCUGUAACAAAAAGAAAAAGCAGCAAAGGAAUCAUCAUUCUUACAUACUCUUCAACCCCCCAGGAGAAAAAGCAGAAAACAAGAGAGCCCAGAAACACACACACACACACACCACUCACUCACACUGUGACAUCCCACCAAAAUUCUCACCUUAAAUCCUCAUAAAGCUCUGAUCUUUAAUGCUACACUUGCAAUUUUAACCAAACAUAACUUCAAGCUUAUAUCUUUUGCUGUACCUGAAAUGGAGAAAGUCAUUGUUGCGAUUAACUGCGAGCUUAAAGCUUGUGGGAUAGUGUAGAGUUCUCUGAGUUUUUCCAUUUCAGCUGGGAAAAGAAGAAGCUCUUUCCUUUUCUCUUCAUUUCCCUUGUAUCUUUUUCACUUUCCCUUUCCUUUUUCUCUCUGAAGAAUGGGUUGCAAGCGCAUGAUAACAGGGAAUUUGGAUCCAGAGAGGAAAAGGAGUGGUGGGUUGAGAACAAAACAGGCUGGGCGUGGGUCUUGCAGAGGAAGUUAGGCUAAGGCCUCUUUGAUAUUUUGAGUAGAAAGAAAAGAAGGGAAAAGGGGAAAUAAUUUUUCCUUCUGGGAGGAAUAAUCUCAUAUUCCCCUCUUCUGAAUUGAAUCUUUCAGUAAAUCUUCAUCUAUAAGUACAUUUCAGAAUAUUCACAAAUAUAAUUCUGCCCUUCAUUUGGUGUAUGUUGCUUUGGGCUGCUACUGCUCCAUUAACUAGUUGCGAUGGGGUACUUGUUGAAAGAGGCUUUGAAGACUCUCUGUGGAGUUAACCAGUGGUCUUAUGCUGUUUUUUGGAAGAUUGGCUGCCAAAACCCCAAGCUGUUAAUAUGGGAAGAAUGCUACUAUGAACCUGCAUCAUGUUCAGGGCUUUCUGUAAAUCAGAAUCAAGAAACUGCAUUUCAUGAUUAUGGCGCUUCGUGGAUAUCAGCGGAAACUCAUAGUUUACAGUCCUAUGCUCAGGCAGGGGACAGGGUGCAUUCGCUUGUAAACAAGAUGAUGAUGGACAAUCAUGUUAAUAUUGUAGGAGAAGGAUUAGUUGGAAGAGUUGCAUUUACUGGAAACCAUCAGUGGAUCCUAUCUGAGAAUUAUUGCAAAGAAGCUCAUCCACCAGAGGUUUUAAAAGAGGUGAACCUGCAAUUUUCGGCUGGUAUGCAGACAGUUGCAGUUGUUCCUGUUCUUCCUCAUGGGGUUGUGCAGUUUGGUUCAUACUUGAAAAUAAUGGAGAACAUGGCAUUCCUAAAUGACGUAACGUCACUUGUGCUUCAGCUGGGAUAUGUAUCUGGCGUCUUGGUACCAGAGAACUAUGCAGCAAAAGAACAUGCUGCGAAAAUUGGGGUUCCCAUGUGUAUCGGGUAUUCUGCUCCUGGGGUAUUGUCUCUCGAGUCAGAUGUGAUCAAUGUUCCUUGUUCAUACAACAGUUUUAACUAUGUCGGCAACUCAGGGCAGAAUUCUAUGGUUGACAGUCAAACAUCUUUUGCCUUCGACAGAGAAACACAAAAUCAGCUGCAGUCAAAUGGGGCAGCAUUUCAACACUCAAACUCAACCUCGAGUCUGUUUAGGCCUCAACAUUACCACCAGGAAGCCAAGAUUGCUCAGGCAGCGAAGUUAGACUUUUCUUCCUCAAACCAGUGGGUGAAUGGAGUGGCUAAAGCUGAAGUUAUACCAUCAAAUUCAGAAAUAUGGAUGAACCGACAUGCUUCUCCUUAUGUCCAAAGAUCUACUUUAGAUUUACCUUCCAGUAGUUCAUCUACUUUGAAUAGUGAACCAAAAAUUUUGUCUGGAACCGGCACUCAGGGCCAUAGCAGCUCCAAUGUGUCCUCCGGCAUUCUGAUGCCUACACUGAGAAUGGAUUCCGGCUUAAUAUAUUGUUCUAACAACGGCUCUGUUAGUCGUACAUCAGGUGAAGUGAGUGGUAAUGGUAUGGGUAGCAAUAUGGAACCAAUAACUGGCGUGGUGUCGGAUGCUAAACCGGCGGGCAGUGGAAAUAUUAGUACCGAGCAUCCAGCUUCAAGUGAGCUUAAAAACGUGAAUUUUCCCAAAACAGAGGCAUCCGACUUUGAUUCUGUUGAGCAUUUCACAAAUAAUUCCUUGCUGGGUUAUGGCUCUGGCAGCAAACCUUGUCUCAUGGAUAAUAAGUUUGCACACAGUGAGUUGAAGGCCUGUAAGGGAGAGAGAGAACAGAAUACAAUUAAUACUACUCUGCCUCAAUACAGUGAGCAUCUAAAUAUGGCUGAACUCGUUCCUGGUUUUGCUGAAGAUGACAGAAAACAGAAAUUUGGAGGUCAGAUUCAUUCCGUGAAUAAUACCAAAUAUGGCGACGCAUAUGUCCAACCUGAAUCAGGAGAUGAUUUGUUUGAUGUUGUCGGAGCUGAUUUUAAGAGUAAAUUAUUCAGUAGUUGCUGGAAUAGUUGUUUGACCAAUGAAUCAGACUCAAAAAUGCAUAACUGGGAUAAGAAUAAUUUGCCUUCUACAAAAAGGCUGGCUUCUACGGACAUAUACUUGACAAGCCAAGCAAACUCAGAUAGUGGGAUUUUCUCCUCGACUGGAACCGACCAUCUCUUGGAGGCUGUGGUAUUGUCCAAAGCUCAUCCUUCUGCCAAGCAGAGCAUGGAUGACAGUGUUUCUUGCCGGACAACAUUGACAAAUACAAGCAGCUCCUCUGCACCAAAUACUUCGCUGCCCUAUGGCCGUUUCGGGCUUUCUGAGCAGAUGAAGGGAGAGUUAUUUGGUGUUCCGAAAUAUCUGGCUAAGGCAGGAGCAAUGAGUUCUUGCUCAUUGAGAACAGGUUCUUCUAAGGAAGAAUCAGGAACCUUCUCCCAGGGAAGUUCCAUUUAUGGAUCACAAAUAAGUUCAUGGAUUGAGAAGGAUCAGAAAGCGAAGCAGAGUAACAGUGUGUCGACUGGAUAUUCUAAGAAACCAGAUGAAACGAGUAAACAGAAUCGCAAGAGGCUUAAACCAGGAGAGAAUCCAAGACCCAGACCAAAAGAUCGGCAAAUGAUCCAAGAUCGUGUGAAGGAACUAAGGGAAAUCGUACCCAACGGGGCGAAGUGUAGCAUUGAUGCUCUACUCGAACGUACUAUCAAACAUAUGCUUUUCUUGCAAAGUGUCACUAAGCAUGCUGACAAGCUGAAGCAAACUGGAGAGUCCAAGAUUAUUAGCAAGGACGGAGGCUUGCUUUUAAAAGAGAACUUCGAAGGAGGAGCUACAUGGGCUUAUGAAGUAGGUUCGCAAUCCAUGGUCUGUCCUAUCAUAGUUGAGGAUCUAAAUCAGCCCCGUCAAAUGCUUGUCGAGAUGCUUUGUGAAGAACGAGGCUUAUUCUUAGAAAUAGCAGACAUAAUUAGAGGACUGGGGCUAACCAUUUUAAAGGGCGUAAUGGAAACUCGGAACGACAAGAUUUGGGCACGCUUUGCUGUAGAGGCUAAUAGGGACGUGACAAGGAUGGAAAUCUUUAUCUCAUUAGUUCGCCUCUUGGAGCAAAGUGCAAAAACCAGUGCAGCUCAACCCAACGGCAUUAGCAGUGAAAACAUGACGACUCAACAAUUUCACCAAGUUGCCUCCAUUCCCGUGACUGGUAGUUCCCAUAGUUUACAGUGAUGGAAACAAUCUGGUUUGGAUGUGUUAAGAGCGAGUGAAAGCGAAAGCGAAAGCUCGCCAUGACUAGCAUCAUCUCCCAGAAUUCUCAUUAGUGGUAACUCUUGCAGAUUUUGUGGAAUGUUGAGAACAGAUUAUAUUUAGCAUUUGAUGGUUGAUUAGCUGUUGUCACUUGUAAUGAAUCGCCAUAGCUUUUUGUGAUGGUAGAAGUGGCAGAUGGUUAAGGGAGGGGUUUUGUUGGUGUAGUGAUGUAUGAUAUAGGAAGGAAGUGGGUGUGAUAAAUUAGGUGCAAGCUGUGGUUUCAUUGUACUGUGUUUUUCUCAUUUUAUGUCAGAUUUCUGGAUUGAUUUUCCUAUUUCUUGUGUUCAAAUUAUGGAUGGUCUGAGUGUAUUGAAAUGAGCAUGCUUGAGUUUGGUUUGA